AUGGAGCGAACCUACUCCAUCCGCAGUUUCUCCACUGCCGACGACCAGUCUCUCUCGACGAGGAAUAAUACGCUGAAGAAGAAGAGCUCGAUGCGGCGUCGCAGCAGCAGCCGUCGCAGCAACAGAGCCGGCAGCGUGCGAAGCCUCAUCAUCCAGUCCGCCGCCGAUGCGGAAGACGUCACGAGCGCGUUCUACUGUCCUGUCCCGACGUCGGGCACCCCCACCGACGUGCUCGUCGUCAGGUUCCAGACGUGGCGCAAGGUGCUCAAGGACCUGAUUUCCUACUUCCGCGAGAUCCAGUCCCACUAUGAGCAACGAUCAAAGUCCCUCGUCAAGCUCGGAAACGUUGCCAACAACAUCUCGACCCCCGCCAAUUUCCUCACCUCGGCCGGCAUCGACGAUGCACUCCAAUUCCUUCGGAACUACCACAAGGCCGCCAUCCAGGAGGCCGCCAAGGCCAAGGAGAUCGAAGAAGACGUCAUCCUCGCCAUCACGGGUCUGCGCGGCGACCUUCAGCAGAAGAUCAAGGAAAUCAAGAAUCUUUCGGGCGACUUCAAGAACUCGGUCGAUCGCGAGAUGGAUCACACCCGCAAGGCUGUGGCCGCCCUCGUCAACGUCCUGGACAAGAACGAGGUGAAUUCGGCCUCGACGACGGGAAAGCAAGACCCAUACCUGCUCCGUCUUGCCGUCGACCACCAGGUCGAGCGCCAGAUUGACGAGGAAAACUAUCUCCAUCAGGCAUACCUGAACCUCGAGAGUUCCGGCCGAGAGCUGGAAUCCAUCGUCGUCGGCGAGAUCCAGAAGGCGUACAACGCCUACGCCGGAAUAUUGAAGCGCGAGGCCGACAACGCCUACGGCGUCGUGGGCGAGCUCCGUGACGGCCCCGUUUCCAUGCCCAAGGACCAGGAAUGGAUCCACUUCAUGAUCCACGACGGACAGAUCGUCGAUCCCACCGUUCCCAUGCGCUCGCCCGAGCAGAUCCACUACCCGGGCCAAGAUCACGUUGCCGCUCAGGAGAUUCGCGCGGGCCUGCUCGAGCGCAAGAGCAAGUACCUCAAGAGUUACACCGCCGGCUGGUAUGUCCUUUCUACCACGCACCUCCACGAGUUCAAGUCGGCGGACAAGGCGCAGGCGCCCAUCAUGUCCCUUUACUUGCCGGAGCAGAAGCUGGGAUCGCACUCGACCGAAGGCGGCGCCUCGAACAAGUUCAUCCUCAAGGGCCGGCAGACGGGUACCAUGCACAGGGGACACACCUGGGUCUUCCGGGCCGAGAGCCACGAUACCAUGAUGGCCUGGUACGAGGACAUCAAGGCUCUGACGGAGAAGACGGCGGAGGAGCGCAGCCAGUUUGUGCGCACCCACUCCCGGAGCCUCAGCCAGUCCUCCCGUCGGUCCAUGAGCAGCGAUGGCAUCGUCGACGAGGAUGACGACGAGCCCUUCUCCGCCAAUCAAGUCGGCCUCGAACCGGAGCUGCGGCCCGAGUCAGCAUCCCGACGACCCCAACCAGGUGGGCGGUUUCCAUCCGACAUGCAAGUCAAGGCGCAACGAGGCUCACAAGCCCCCCAAUCACCCUCUAGCGUGAGCUCUGGCCGUCAGGAAUAUCAACCUGACACCGGGGCCUUCGCCACCGCCCACUACAGCCAGCAGGACGAUCAUCUGGGGUACGGCGGCACGGCGCGAACGCCCAUGGACGCCGUUCAUUCGCAUGCCGCCAUGGCCAGCCAAGACGCGCGCAACGAUGGCGUCAACCCGUACACGAGCGAGCCGCUACCUCCGGCUCAUUCGAUGCCCGUCGACGACGGAUACUUUGGCACCCAAGCUGUGGCGGCUCAUGAAUAUCUAGAUCCGGAGCCCGAGAGCCAAACUCCCGUCGAAGUCGCCGAGCAGGAAGUGGAGCGCAGCAUGAUCGAUAAGGAGGCUCGCGCGGUCGAGGAACGCCAGGACAGCAACGGGAGGCCGGAUGAUUCGGCGAAAGAAGCGAAUGGUAUUGUUCAUGUCGAAGCCCUCGUUUCCGCUCCGAAUGAGCUAACCGUCGUCAUCAUGACAGCCGGCAGCGUGUCCAUGACCAAAUCGCAACAAGAGCCUGCGUUUCAGGCCCUGCCCGAGGUGGAGGCUUCCGAACAGGCCACAUCGAAUGCGACACCCUCAGCUGGAGCGAUUGGCCGGAGUCGUCCGACGGAAGGUAGAACGGAUAGCGAGGCGACCAUACUGAACCUGCAGAUGCCAGGCAAGUUUCCUCGAGGCGGCGGGCUAACGUCGCCUUGA